AGUCUCAUUCACAAUAGUUUCGCCACCUCUGAGGUGUACGUUCACAAUAAAAUCAACAUGGUGGCCAUGGUGAAUUAGGGUGGCGAGGGGCUAAAACGGGUUGCGCAUAGCAGAAAACGCCUAAAUAAUUAUUUAUAAAUAUUUUAAAUUUUGGUUAUUAAUUGAUGUUUAAUGCUAACAAUAUAUAAUAUCAUACCAUGUUGAUAUAGGUAAAUAUGCGGCAUAUGUUUAAGCAUUUUAAAUAACUUAUUAAUGGGCAAACUGAAAAUUCAAUUUAACUAUGAGUGGACGGGAAGAAAUAACUAUUGUAACAAAAAUUUGAUACUAUAAGUAAUAAUAAUUUAUAUAAUCAAAAAAGCAAAACUUAUCAUUGUCAUACAAGUGAUAAUAAUUCAUUUAAACAAUAAAGCAAAAUUUAUCAUUGUAAUUAUAUCAAGAAAUUUUACUAGUGCUCUAAUUUAAGUAUAGAUUUAUUUAAUCACAAAUUUUAUUUACGUUUUAUAUAUCAGCAAUUAAUAGUGGAUAUAUGUACAAUAGUUUAUUACAACUUUUGACAUACAAAAUUACCAUAUUAUUAUAUAGUUCUUAGUUUAGUUUUUAAAUAUAUAGACUUCUAAAAUAAUAUAAUUUUUGAAGUUGCAAUAUCUUUAUAGUAUAAAAUACGGUAGGCAUAUCAGGUAGUUGUCUCUGUAUUUCAGCAUGUAGCCAUUAUAAUAUGUACAAUAUUUUACAUAUAACUCAUUACAUAAAUCAAUUACCAUAUUGUUAUAUAGUUCUAAAUUUAGUUUUCAAAUAUAUAGACUCCUAAAAUAAAUAAUUUGUUGAAGUUGCAAUAUCUUUAUAGUAUAAAACAUUUUAUAAGGGUAUAAAAUACGGUAGAUAUAUUUCUUUUUUAAGAAGUAUUAUAAAAUUAGCUUGCGCAACACUGUUACGCAAUGCUCUAUAGCAAUACUGGCAUUUGAAUUUAUUAACAACUUUUAGUCAAACGCAUUAAUACACACCUGCUUAUUGAUAAAAAUUCUUGUGUGAGCAGUUUUAUCAGGAGCAAUAUGAAAUAUUCUUUAUUUUACGAAGAUUGUAUUGCAAAUUUAUAAACAUUGCCCUCAAUUUCGUUGAAUAAGCAUUUUCCGCAUGCCGUUAUUUGACAUGGUUGCUUAAUUGCAUCUUAAAUUUUUCUGUGGUGAAUAUUUAUUAAGUUACCACAGUAAAAAAAAGGCAUAAAUAUAUAUCGUAAUUAUUCUGAAAUUUGCCAAUAAUAGCCGCUUUUUUAAGAACAUAUAUUAAAAUAAACUUAUUUUAUUUUGAAAACAUAUUAAAGUUUUACAUAUAAUCAAUAUUUUUUGGACAACUUUUUCAUAAAUUAAGAGAAAAUAGCAAAAUGCUACCAUUUUCCGAUUAAAAGUCGGCCAUCUUGGCUAUCAAUAGAAACUCAACCCCUAGGCGGACUUGACGUUUCUCCAUGGACCCCUCUCAGCUGUAGCAUUGCUUACAUCCAUCAGCUGAUUCUUUCUCUACUCCCCCUUUACGAUGCUUACCAAUAACAGCGCAGACACAACCGCAAUGUUGCCAACUCUGUAUUUCAAUUUCUGCAAAACUAACAGCGUAGAGCUGCCAUUCCCAAGUUACGUUAAAUUUUUCAACCAACAAUUUUGUAAUGAACUUUUUAAAUGAAAUUUAAAUAAAAAAUAUUGAAAGAGAAAAAAACAGAAUUUAAUUUGACAGUUACAGAGAAUUGAAAAUAUGAUAUUUAAAAUAUAUUACACAAGUUCACACAUUUAUGGUUUUUGUACACGGAUACCGAAAGCAGAUUAUUGCGUGCUGGGUGCUCGGAGAUCGUGCUACCUGUGAAGGGAAUUCGAGGCUAUACACUAUGAGAAACUUAAACUCUAUAUAUAUUAUAUACAUUUUUUUCAUUAUAACGUAAACAGAGUAUAUUAAGAUUGCCACGAUGUUUGUAAUACCCAAAAGGAAACGUCGCAGACCCUUUAAAAAAUAUACAGUUUAUAAGGUUUCGAUCUUAAAUUUUGUACACAUGCUUUUCUCUCCAAGAAGAUGCACAUUUAUCGAAACCGCCGAUAUCGGACCACUAUAGCAUAUAGCUGUCAUACAAACUGACCGAUAAAAAUCAAGUUGUUGUAUGGAAUCCUUUGUAAUUGUGAAGGGAAAUACAGCUUCGGUGUAACCGAAAUAAACGUUUUACCUAAUCUAGCAUUAAAGAAAUGUAUUUCAUUAUAGCUUUUUUAUUGUAAUUACUUUUAUUUAGUGAAUAAAUGCAUUAUCGGCAUUAGUAACUUCAAUUUAAUAAAACCUUAGACUCAAAAAGUCGUUUCAUAUGUAUUAGUUUCCCGUAGUAUGCUUUUAGAAAACCACAUCCGCUGGAAACUCUCUUGACAGGAAAUGGAAAAGAACAUACGUUUACGUAACAAAACGAAUAAAUAAAUAAAUACUUAUAAUAAAGGUAAUAAGAACUAAAUCUAACAUUUAAGCAUUAUUUGUUUAGUGUAAUUUAGUAUUUGUGUAAAUAUAUGAAAAAGGGUACAGAAACAAAAACAAUUAAAAUCUUCCAAAAAAGUGGGGCUUUGCACUAGCAAUGAAAAUAAAAUUUGAAAUUGAAAAGCUAGCGAUUAUUGAGUGAAGUUCAUCAGCAGCAAAAAGCUCCGCAAAACACAUUUAGACUUUGCUUUAAGUUGUUUUGCAACUUUUUGUAAGGAAAUAGUCGAGAAAAGAGCGCCGUUCGGACGUUUCCUAGCAAACCAAACGAAUUUGCUAUUUUUAAGUAAAAAAUCAAAAGCCAAAUCUCUGAAAAUGCCAAUACCAACAACAAAGUUAAACAAUGACGUUGAAAUGCCUAUUAUUGGAUUUGGCACUUGGCGCAUGCCAGCAAAUGAUGUGACGCGUUUGGUAAAGGAAGCCAUCGAUGUCGGCUACCGGCACAUUGAUUGCGCCGACGUUUAUGGCAAUCAAAAAGAGGUUGGCCUGGCAAUUGAGGAGAAAAUCAAAGAGGGUGUAGUGGUACGUAAGGAUCUGUUUAUCACCGGCAAGUUGUGGAACACAAAACACGAUCCCAAAUGGGUGUCUGCGACAUGCCAGAACGCUUUGAAUUUAUUAAAAAUCACUUACUUCGAUAAUUAUCUCAUACAUUGGCCCACCGGAUUUGCGGAUAGCGACGAAAACUAUCCAAAAGACAAAGAUGGUAACACCAUAUAUUCUGUCAUUGAUUAUGUGGAUACUUGGUGCGCCAUGGAAGCUUUAGUAGACCAAGGCCUUUGCAAAUCGAUUGGGGUGUCCAAUUUCAAUAUUGAACAAUUAAAACGUGUACUGGAUGUGGCGCGUAUCAAACCCACCAAUUUGCAAGUGGAAUGUCACCCAUAUCUAAAUCAAAGCAAAUUGAUGGAUUUUUGCAGUAAAUACAAUAUUGUAAUAACGGCUUAUAGUCCCUUAGGCUCACCACACUCGCCCUACGACAAGCCAGGUACACAUAAACUUUUGCAACAUCCGUUAAUUGUGGAGUUAGCGCAAAAGUGUCAGCGAGCACCAGCACUCGUAUUGCUCCGUUAUCAGGUACAGCGUGGCAACGCCGCAAUAACAAUGUCCACAAAGCGUGAACAUAUGGCCGAUAAUCUCGAUGUGUGCAACUUCGAACUAACUGAUGCAGAAAUGUUCAAAAUUAACGGUCUGAAUUUUAAUGGACGCUACAAUCUAAUGCAAAAUGCCAAAGGACAUCCGCACCAUCCAUUUGAGAAUGAGAAGAACUAGUCCAACUAAUAAUGCAGACAAAACUUUAUAAUGUACAUACAUACAUAUGUGACUCUGGAUUAUUUGGAAUGCUUCUAUAAAUUCAUUGAGAUUAUUAAAUAAUAAUUAAAUAAAAUUAUAAUAACGGUA